CAGGGACUUAUCGAUUUAGUUUUUACAUACCUAUUACAAAUAAAAAUAAAUAAUAUUAAAAUUAAAAGUGUUUAUUUGGUUAAUGCGCGUUAUUUAAACGUAUGAUGGAAGUGGAAUACGACGAUUCCGGCUGGCAGGGCCGCACGAAACAACAAUCCAAUGCCGAGGAGCUGCACGAGGACAAUCCACAAAAGACAAUACAAGAAUGUCUGGAAAAAUUCUUAACGCCGGAUUACAUCAUGGAGCCGGGAAUAUUCACGCAGCUGAAGCGCUAUUUCCAAUCCGGAGGCUCACCCGAAGAAGUGAUUUCCAUGUUAUCUGAGAACUACAAAGCCGUCGCCCAAAUGGCUAAUCUGCUGGCCGAAUGGUUGAUUUUAGCUGGCGUUAAGGUGACCGAGGUCCAGGCGAUGGUCGAGAAUCAUUUAAAGGAAAUGAUUCUGAAAUCGUUCGAUCCCAAGAAGGCGGACACGAUAUUCACGGAGGAGGGCGAGACGCCCGACUGGUUAACCGAGAUGAUUGACCAUUAUACGUGGCGAUCUUUAAUCUAUCGACUAGCUGAAGAAUAUCCGGAUUGUUUGAUGCUUAAUUUUACAAUUAAAUUAAUAUCGGAUGCCGGAUUCCAAAGUGAAAUUACCUCAAUAUCGACGGCUGCCCAGCAAAUUGAAGUCUUCUCCCGCGUUCUCAAGACCUCGAUUGUGAAAUUUCUAAAUAAUCCCGAUGAUGUACAUGGUGCGAUCCAGGAGUGCGCCCGUAUGGUGUGCCAUGGCCAGCAUACGUAUGUCUACUCUCAGGUGUUGAUCCAAGUGCUCAGCCAGGAGCAAAAGGGUGGCUUUAAUAUGAAGCGGCUAUCUCAGGAAAUCAUCAAAUACGCCCUGCAAAAUCUUUACUUGAACAGCAAUCAAAAUGUGACGCCCAUUACGAUGGCCCUCAAUGGUUCGGCGGUGUAUCCGCAGGCGUGUCAGGCUCUUACCUCAAUGUUAACUCGCAAUACCUUGAAUCCGGCGGAUAUAACCGUGCUCUUUCGCAAUUAUUCGGGCUCGGAUCCGCCGCCAAUUGACCUGAUACGGAAUCCACAGUUUUUGGAACUACUCGUCGAUGCUUUAUUCCGUGCUAGUGUCAAAAUCAAUCCGGAGCAUAAGCCCAAAUAUGUCUUCCUGCUGGCCUAUGCCUCGUCUGUGAUUGAUCAGCCGGCAAAGAAACGACCACUCACGGAAAGAUUGUUGAACAAGGAUGAGUUGAAGAGCACGAUUCAGGCAAUUGAAAAGGCCCAUGCGAUUUGUAAUGUGGAUCAGGGCUCAACUGAACUCAUCGCCGAACUGCAGACACUCUACAAUUGCAUUAAAUAUCCCGUUGUUGGCGUUGGUGUAAUCCGUUGGAUUGAAAAUGUUGUUAUGGAACCAUCGUACUUUAAGCUAUCCACAGACAGCUGUCCUACGCAUUUGGCGGUGCUUGAUGAAGUUGCUGGCGUGCAUCCGACAUUGCAGCAACAAAUACUAUUUCUAUUAAUACGCUUGUUCGAAUCAAAACAGGAUGAACUGGAGAUACUUGUACAGCUUGAAAUGAAAAAGAUGAUACUGGAUAGAAUGGUCAAUUUGCUGACACGCGGCUGUGUCGUUCCCGUGCUGAGAUAUAUUAAACAAUGCUGUGCAAUUGAGGACACUGAUAUUUCCCUUAUCCGUUACUUUGUUACUGAAGUUCUCGAGACAAUAACACAUCCCUAUUCCCCGGAGUUUGUGCAGCUUUUUCUGCCGAUGGUCGAAAACGAGGAAAUUACUGGUACAAUGCGCGGUGAAGGCGACAACGAUCCCGUAUCUGAAUUCAUUGUUCACUGUAAGGCGCAUUAUACCACUGUAUAGCAAAUAAUUAUAUAGCAAUAUAAGUACAAAAUUGUAUAUUUAAGUCAACAUUCAUGUAAAGUAAAAGUCCAGCUUUCAAUUUUCAUAUACGUACUAUAUACACUUGAAA